AUGGCAAGAUUAAGCUCAGAUGAACCUCAUUACAUGUACGAGGAUUACGAUUAUGAGGCCGAUCCUGACAAUGUACCAAUCGAACAACUGGUGCCAGUAUCGCUUGUGUACGGACUUACAAUGAUACUAGGGUUGAUCGGAAACUGUUUAGUGAUUGUUUCGGUAGCGAAAUUUAAGAAAAUGCAAAAUGUGACUAAUAUAUUUUUGCUUAGUCUCGCUACAGCGGACCUUCUUUUGGUCAUGAUAUGUGUACCUGUUAAGUGCGCCGCAUUCUUUUCCUACACGUGGAAGUUUGGAGCAGUGAUGUGCAAGCUCGUUCAUUACGUGCAGAACAUCUCGAUCUUGUGUUCAGUGAUGAACCUGACCGUGCUUAGCUUAGAAAGAUAUUACGCCAUCAUCCAUCCUAUUAGAGCCAAAUGUGUCAGCACGGUGACACUUGCCAAGAAGAUAAUCGCUGUUAUUUGGGUACUCAGCUUCGUUCUAGCCACUCCAAUUUUUAUAGGAAGGGUACAAAAACCAGUUGGACCAGAGAAUGCUACGGUCUACUGGUGUAUCGUUAGCUGGGAGAAACCAUUGUAUAGUCAGAUGUAUGGCGUCUACAUGUUCUUAGCGAUUCUUGUGAUCAUAAAAAUGCUUGUCGCCAUUGUGUUGAUUUACCUGGUAUGUUGGGGACCAAUCACCACCAACAAUAUGCUGGUGUCCUUUGGCUUUGUAGACGACCUUCAUACCGGCUUCCUUCGACCAAUGAGGAUAACGUUCUUUAUCCUGUCCUACAUCAACAGUUGCACAAACCCAAUCGUGUACGCCUUCAUGUCGAAAUAUUUCCGAAAGUCCUUCAACUCUUCUCUUCUCGCCUUAGCCACAGCCAGCUUGAUGCCCGUUCAGCUGCUUGGCUCAGCCUCUGGAUAG